UCCUCUUUCAUCAUUUCAAAACUCAAACCAUCUCUCUCUCUUCUCUUCUCUUCUCUUCUCUAUCUAUCUCUCCUCAGAGAAUGGUUGGAGUUUUCCGGCGAUCACUCUCAUUCCCUAACAAACCUUGCGGCCGUUCAUCUCCACCUUCAAAGCCACGUGUCUCUCACCACACAAGAUCCAUCAGUCUACCUUGUCGAUCUCAUCCCUUAAUCUCCCACGUCAACCACGAGAUCUCCCAGCUCAAAUCCUGGUUCUCCUUCUCCGGAGAAUCUAACCGUCGCACCACCUCCUGGAUCACCGACGGUCUCAGCCUCCUCAAAGACGUUCAAGAAACGCUCGCCGAUAUACUCCAGCUCCCACAAUCCCAAGAAUCUCUACGUAACCGUCCCGUCUUCUUCGAGAAUCUUCUAGAAGACCUUCUCCGGUUCGUCGACGCUUACGGUAUCUUCCGCACGUCCAUCCUCUGCCUCCGUGAGCACCAGUCCGCCGCUCAAGUCGCUCUCCGUAAAAAAGACGACGAGAAAAUCGCAUCGUACCUAAAAUCUCGCCGGUCUCUCGCGCGAGAUAUCGCGAAGCUUACGUCUUCGAUCCGCGAGCCGAAGACGAAACACCAGCAGUACUGCCACGUGGACAGCGUGAACGGGACGUACGGUGACGCAGAGCUAGCGUCAGUUAUAAGUGACGUCAUCGAAGUCACCGUUUUGGUUUCCGUUGCUCUUUUUAACGGAGUUUACUUCUCUCUACGUCCCACAAAACCUUCGCCGUUUAUUGGGUUCUUGAAACGGUCCGAGAAAAAAGAGAAACUAGACGAAGGCAUCGAGGAGCUGAAGCAAGUCGAGGAGAAGAGUUUGGUUUGUUUACACAAGAAGAAGAACGAGGAAGUAAAGAGUUUGAUGAAGAAGAUGAUGGAGUUGGAGAAUUCGAUCCGUGAAAUCGAAUGCGAAAGUGAGAAAGUGUUUAGGGGUUUGAUUAGCACUCGUGUCUCAUUGCUUAAUGCCCUAACACAUUAACUAAGUUAUCACUCAUCUCAUUCUUUAUUUUUUUUCCUGUCUAUUUACGUUUUUGUCACAUUAUUUUAUUAUUAUUACGAGUUAAAUACAUGAAAGAAAAUAGAAAAAAACAAACAAAUAAAUUAAAGAUACGUACUUUACAUUUCCUUGUAUUUAUAAAUCGAGAAUGAGAUGAGAGUGAUAAUCUCCCUUUUAAAAUUCAACUUUUAAUA